AUGGACGCAUUGGAGUGGAGCUGCUCGAACCUUGCGGUAAGAAACAAAGAGCCUAUCGUCACUGUGAGAGAAAUCCUACAAGAUUCGGAUGUCGAAGAGCAAACAGCAGAGCCAUCCUCCUCCCACAGUCCCCGCAAACGCAGUCAUUGCGAAGUAGAGAAAAACUCAUAUUUUACUCCAUCAAUUCGAGAGGCUAUCACUACCACAUCAAAAAAGGGCAAAGAAAGAAUCCCUGAUACGGCCAGCUUUGGUAGAAGAUUUGGUAGUUCAGAGCUGGCACAACCAGAAUUAUCAAUAUCCCCAGCAUCUCCAUCCAAGUACAGCAAGUUAGAAUCCUCUACAACUGUUCUUGAGAAUUCCAAAUCACAUAACUUUCCGAACACCCCUGAACUAUUUCAGUCUAAAACCCACAAUCUCGAAAAAUCUUACAAGAGUGUCUCCCACGGCACUUCCCAAGGUCCUAGUUCUAAAGUCCGGGGACCAGAAAAUAAGUGCGGAGAUAUUCCCAACGAUAAGGAAGCCGAGAAUGACUACGAAUUUAUCUCCAACACAUUCGAGUCCCUUCAUCCCCUCGUCGAAGAUUGGAUUAACCAACAAAGGUCUCAACUCGAUACUGUCACUGAAAGAAUCAAUCGAAUUUUGGGUUGCUUACUUCAAGGCGAAAGACUGCAACAGGAAGAUCCCACUAUUGAAAUGACUUCUCAACUGAAAGACCUGAUCGAUGAGAUCACAAAUGAAAUCACAACAGAUUCGAGUAUCAAUGAUUCCAAACCUAGACAGCGCUACUGUCAACAACAAAGACAUUUCGUCAAUCAACUUCGAGCAGUAUUUAUGACAACCGACGCUUAUCUGUGUUUGAAGGAACUUGUCAAACUUGCCGAUAUCAGAUCGACUAUGAUCGGUUUGGCUGAGAAAGAAGUCGAAUUUAUCGAUACUAUUGAGCAACUAAACACUUCCCAUAGGAAGGCAAUGAAGGAAUUGCACAUGCUCAAGCCGAAAGACACAAUUGAAUACUCAACGAACCAUCGUGAGUAUACAAAUCUUUCGAAGAUGAUCAUGGCUUUGAAGGAAGAAAUGUCGGGUUUCUAUAAAUAUUAG